ACAAAGCUAUCAAUACCAACACAACGUGACAACAUUUAAACAUUUGAACAUUUCGUCGGGGUCGUCUUAAUUAUUUUUAUAUAUUUAUAUCUAUUUGAUUUGUUUAGUUAAUUAAUUGUGGAGCAGUGUAGCACGCACUUUUUUUUUAAUUUUUCAAAGUGGAUUUGUGGAAAACAUCAAUUACGAAAUAACGAAGUAAACAUUUGAGAAGAAACGUAAACAUCACAGUGAAGUAAACAAAAACAAUUAUAGAAUUAUAGUUAAAUUAAAAGGAAAACAAUGUGUGAUAAUAAAGAUGAAUGUUGCAAUCAACUAGAAGCUGAGGCACUGCAUACCAAUGAACAAUUGCUGGAGUUCAAUGUGCGCAGCAAGGACAUCGAUUGGCGUGAUUAUGUGGUGCCAAAGAAGCCGCGCUCGGCUCCCGUCUAUCUGCAGAGGCAAUUUAAUUUAAUUAGCAAUUAUCGCGAGCCCAUCGGCAAUCACAAUAGACGCAAAGUCUUGGUGUGUCACGACAUGAUGGGCAAUUAUCUGGAGGAUAGACAUUACCAUUCGUCGAAGAAAUAUGAUGACUAUCGCUUUUAUCACUGGUCGGCUGUGGAUUAUUUUUGUUAUUUUAGCCAUAAUUAUAUUACAAUACCACCGUGUGGUUGGAUAAAUGCUGCUCACAAGCAUGGCGUAUCAGUUUUAGGAACCUUCAUUACAGAGGGUAAGGAUGGAUCUAAGCGUUUGCACGAUAUCCUUCAAUCAACCGAAAUGAUAGACAAUAUUGUGGAUGCAAUGGUAAAGAUAUGCAAACACUAUCAUUUCGAGGGUUGGCUUAUCAAUGUUGAGUGCAAAGUGGAACUCGACUCAAUGGAGAAUCUAUACUACUUUGUGAAUAGACUUCGUGAAGCCGUCGAAAAACAUGUAAAUUCUGGCAUUGUAUUUUGGUAUGACAGUGUCAUCGAGACGGGCAGCUUGGCAUGGCAAAAUGAGCUCAAUGACAAGAAUGUGCGCUUCUUUAAGUCCACCCAUGCCACUCUCAUAAACUACAACUGGGACGAUAAGAGCCUUGAACAGACGCGGUCGGUGUGCGAGCAGGAGCGAGUCCACAGUCAAAGUGUGUUCUUUGGCAUUGACAUAUUUGGUCGUGGUCAAAUUGCCAAAUUCCAAAGCAAGCAAACCUUGGCACGCAUAGUCAAAUAUCGCUUCUCCACAGGCAUCUUCGCCCCCGGCUGGACUUAUGAGACACUGCAACAGUAUGGCUACAACAUCAAACAACUGCAAGGCGAUGAUGCUGUGAACACAACAUUCCUGCUGAGAAAUGAUAAAUUCUGGUGGCUAUUAUGGGACCAUUUGGCCACACAUCCGUACAUUGCAAUGCCGUUCUAUACGGAUUUUUGUAUGGGCUCGGGUAAGCGAACCUAUGUGAGCGGCUUGCCCAAAUCCUCGUCGGAUGAGGAUGGUGUGGGCAAAGCCGCUGCAGCAUCAGAGUCCUUCUUCAACUUGUCACGUCAAUCGCUGCAACCUUCAGUGCCUUUGUAUGAUUUGGCCACGCGCUGUUAUGAUGAUGCCUUCAAUGGUGGCUCCUGUCUACGCAUCACUCAUUUUGACAGCAGUUUCCGUCUGUUCAGCACUGACUUUAAGCUGCCUGGUGGUGGUCUGGUAUUUGCCUACGCAUACAAACUCAAUCCGCAGGAUGGAGAGUUCGAUUGUAUUUUACGCUUUUGCACGAGCAAUAAUGCCCGCGAUUGUUAUCUGUUUUUGGGCGACUACUACGAUACAGUGAGUCUGCAGAGAGGACGUUGUUAUGUGUCACCCUUCAAGCCCAAAUAUAACGAACUGCUGAGUGGGCCCCUAGAAUGUUCGCAAAUUCCUAAGGAUAUGGCCUUCCCUGACUUCCAGGCCAAUGGCUGGCGUGUCCGCUACUAUGUGGUGGAGUUUGAUGGUGGCGUCCAAGUCAAAGAUAUUGGAGUUCUGUAUCGCAAAACGGCCGAUGCCAAAGACUCUGCCUAUUUGGGAGCUGUGUACCUGAAUGAGUUCAAUGUGAAUCAGCAUGAUUUCCCUGGUGAUAGUAAUAUUGCCCUAAUUCAAGCCUAUGGCGGCGACUUGCUCAACUGACAGCAGGAUAUUAUAUUGACGGAUUCUGAGGAAUGUUAGCCCUAGUUCUAGAAUAACAAAUGCUUUUUUAUAUAGAUAAAUAAGUAGAUGACGAUAAGGAUAAGGAUCCGAUUUGUGGGAAGGAGACUAAAAAGUCAAAGUCAAAUGCAAAUACAAAUGCAGUCUAAUAAAAUUAGCUUUACAAAAAAUAUUAACGCGAAAUGAGAGGUAUUAAGACAGAAAUCUAAAAGGUGAAAGCUUUAAAGUAUUCCUUAACACAGCAGCCACACUAAGAAAAAAUUAAAAGCAAUUAAAUAAUUCAUUUAAUAAUUCAUCUUAAAACAAAGAUAAGUCUAAUAAAUUUAAAAGUCGAAAAUUCCCGAAACCAGAAGAUUUUGAAGAUAUCAAGCGGACUUGGGGGAUUUUUGAGCACUAUCUAUCAAAACAAGUUUUCGAAAUGCCGAGGUGACCAACUUAAGGGGCGUUCCAAGAGGUCCCCGGUCCAUCUAGAGCCUAAAAUUAAAAUAAAAUAUUUCCACAUAACCUCGUUUACACCUCAGCUCUAACCAUUUAAAAUUUCAAAGAGAUAUCUACUAGUCUUUUUCGAUUCCAUCCCACUGUGUGAAGGGCACCCCGGUAGUCGAGUUGGUAUCGUGCUCGGAGUGCCAGUGCGGGGGUCGUGAGUUCGAUUCUUGGCCUCUGGUGGGAAUUGUGGUAUCACAAUGCACUUAAAAUUGUCUAAUUAAGUCUGCAAAGGUCUGCCACUCUUAUCUAGCCUAUCCUAUCCCAUUGUGUGACGUUGGUUCAAUUUCCAUCUGAGGCUUUGGUCUGUUGCUGUACAAGAAUUGUCCAAGAGAGUCGGUUUUCAGACAGCCACUAUAACUAAGCCCAACAAGACAACUGGACCUAAUUACCACAUCCGUAAUCGACUUAUUACGAUCAAGUUUCACAUUUUCUGGAUGGUGACAUCCGUUAUCGAAUAAUUCUAUUCGGAACUUCAAAUAGAAAUGUACGAGUUUUUGCCCGCAGCAAUUUACCUAUCGAAAACAACCAAUUCUCGGCUAUUUCAUUUUUAAAAAUAAAAUAAUAAUUAUAAUAUUUUUACAUUUUGGAGGCCACUGUAGCGCAGAGGUUAGCAUGACGCUGAACGCCUCGGUUGGAGAACAUCAAAAUAAAAUUCAUCGGUGGUUUUCCUAUCCUAAUGCUGGCGACAUUUGUGAGGUACUUUGCCAUGUAAAAACUUCGGACUUGGCUAUAAAAAGUAGGAGUUUAAUGUGACAAGAUGUUUUUUAAAGGAAAGGCUUCUAACUUUAUCCAAUUAUACAUUUUACUUUGGCUGUUGUUCGCCUUGUGCUUGCCCAAAAAAAAUACCAACAUAGAAGAAGCACCGUUGGCCUUAAUAGGGGCGAUGUAAGCUACAUAAUUUGUAGUCCUCUUUCAUAUGAAACAACAAUUUAUUGUGUAAAAACAGUAACAGAUAAUUUUUACUUAUUUUGUUACUAGUACUAAUUUUCUCAAACAACUACCCUUUGGUUUGUUUACCUUUGAGAUGGUAAAAUGUGCUCGGCAGAUCAAUUUUUCUUCACCGAAAUCGAUAACUUUUUGAGAAAAUAAGGUUUGAAAGCCAUAACCAAGUUACUAUUUACGGAACAGAAUUAAUAUUCGAACAAAAACUCGUUCGAUAACGGAUGCGGAUGAGUUACGACCCAGAUCCCUUUAGAAGAUUACCGGUCCGAUAAUUGUAAUGUAUACAGCGGCACACCCUUCAAACUCGACUAAUAAAAGAGGUAAUUUUUUAUUGAGUAAAAUCUUUAAUUAGACAGCACUUGAGAAGUUUAUCGUGUUUGCGGAAAUUUCGUUGGAUUUUUUUUUCAACUUACGCUAAAUUCAAAAGAACCACCUGAUGUUAUCAAACAUCAGGAAAUGAGUUUACAUGCUUUCGCAGAAGAGAUGUAUUAGAAACUUACUAACGUCGCUUGAUGCUUCCAUCAACAUCCAUAAUCUAACUACAAUUCUUUGCAAAAUAUAGGGACAACGGUAACCUGUUAAAUGCAACCUCACGUUGAGCAUGCGUUUUCUUCAAUAUAAGUUCUUAAGCGCAUGUAACGCAUGGUUUUUCAUACUAACAUAGUUGGAAUGGAACAGAAAUGCAAGUCAAACUCCAUUGACAACUUAGUUAGGUUCCAUAUAAUUCCGUACUCGUGGCCUGGGGUAUUGGAAUAGAUAGGUAUUAGUGGCAGUCCUUCCUUGGACAAUUUGUAGUCCAUUGUGAUACUAGAGUAGCGACAGAACAAAGACUCUGGUUUUAUGAAUAUGCGCCCAACCUACGAGUUAUGUAGAGUUUUCGCCGGAGAAGAAACUAUUUAUUGGCUUUGUUGUGUUGGAGUUGAGGAUGGUUUCUGGGUGCUAGUUGAAAAUUUAAGGUUCUCUUCCAUAGAUCGAUCGGUGUGUAGUUUGGCACGCAAAGCUUCGAAAUAGGUAAAACGUGUCAUGGAACUCCGAACGAAAUGCCGCUUAGCUACACCUUCGUAGAGAAGUUUUACAUCUCUAAAAACCUUGCAAAUGUCGCCAGCAUUUGUAAGGGAUAUCCACCACUGACAUGGAAAUAUAUCCUUUUUUAAAAAAACCCGAUUGACACAAAACAGUCAGUUGACAGUUGAUACCUUCACCAUUAUUUCUAUGUUUGUGCUGGAUGUGAAAUUCGAAGGUGCGACGGAUUAGUUUGUUCUUUUUCAGGUAGAUAGAGUAUGCUAUUUUUGAGUUUGAUCUGGGCUUCCACUCAUUCUCUCUUAAGGGUGGUACUAUGUUCGAUUUUUGUGGUGUUUCAAAAAAGUAAUCGCCAAAUAUAUGUGUGUUUCAACUGUGAAAAACGAACCUUGAACCAGCCAUUAUCGCGAAAUUUUGUACUAGUUUCUGCUCAUGCGACGUAGUUUCAAACUUAAUUCAAACCAGCUGAUUCAUUAUAUUUAUAUAGAUACUAAACUGAUGGGUGUCUCAUUUAAAUUGACCAAAUCUGGACCAGUUGAACUAAAAUAUCUGUAUUCACCCUAAAUCUAACAUCUAAAUCGCUCUUUAAAAUUUAUCAAAAUAUGUACGAUUUCAGUACUUUUUGCGAUGUAGAAUUGAGUGUUUCAAAGCUAAUUGAUAUAAAAUACAAAUUGAAAGUCAUGCCUUCAUCUUGUCUUUUGAAUACCGUUUUCUCAAGGACAAUGACAAAUAUAGCAAUGUUUGACCAAAUACCUAAAGUUUAGAAUUACUGUUGUUUCAAAGGAAAACAAUUUUUGACACUCUCAUGUUUUUUAUACAUUUCAUUUAAAAUAAAAGGGAUUUUUUUACAUCUCAAUGCUACAAUGCAUGUGCUGCUUAUGCACUUUAAUACAACGAAUAUCCAAAAAUUAAAUUUUCUCUGCUUGCUGUUCAACUUUUUCCAAAUUUCACAAUUUUUUCUAAACAUAAAGAGAAAAAAGCAUUUUUUACAUUCGAAGCCUUGGGUUGUUUAACCUGCCAUCUGAAAUUAACUAAUAAGACAUAAAUAUUUUAAAAAAUUGCUGCCACAUCUGGCAACAAAAUACGCCAUUAGCCAAAUUAUAAAAGUAUUUUGUAAGUGUUACAAAUAUAUAUUGUACCUAAAUUUAAAUACAUUUUUUUAUAAACAAAUUUAUUUUUUCAUAAAUAACAUGUAAUAGAUUUU